GGCCAGCCUUGGCCAGCCUGGGUCUGAGCGGGCAGUGGCCAGAAUGACCCCGGGAGUGUCCAGGGACUUAAGCCGCUGAUUGAGGUGCCCCCAGUGGAGUAGAGGGGGGGACAAGGAAGGAGAAGGAUUAUUCAAAGGACAGCGAUUGUUACCCAGCGAUGAGUGCCCGAGCCACGCGGCCCCGAAGUCGGCGAGGGAGGCAGGCUCCGCCCGUGAGUGUCCCGCUCCCCUCGAUGCCCACCUCCAUAGGACCCCAGGGCACACUACCUGGCUCAGAGAGGGGGUCCUGGGGGGGUCACUUGCAGGCUGAGUUGGAUCCUGUGGCUGAGAGUUCAGAGGAGACAGAGGCAGCCAUGGGGAGCUUCGAGCUGGGCCCUGCACCCACUCAGGAGAGCCGUGGCAGGUCGGAGCUGCUGGGUCCCGCGGCAGAGUCCAGUGGGCAGGGCCUGGGGAGCAGGACAGACAAGGAAGUUGAAGGGGCCUCCAGCGGGAGCCUGGCUCCAGCCCCUGAGGGACUCCCCGAGCCUGCAAAGGAAGCCCACCAGGCCCGAGAGGCAGCCCUGUGGGAUGGGGAGGCCGUCCCGUCCGAGCCCAGGCCCCCCGACGUGUUCCAAAGCCUCCAGCAGGCUCUGAGCUCCUUGGAGGCGGCCGCGACUGUGUGGCGCCGGAGACCCCCAAAACAUCCUGAGCCCCUGGAGGUAGAGGGCAGGAGCGGGGAGACUCCAGGGCCCUGUGGGGAGCAGGAGGGAGCAGGGGGCUGCCGGCGGGAGGCUGCCCGCCUUGCCGAGAAGAACGCCUGGCUGCAGCUGGCCCUGGGCAGCCGCGAGGACGAGCUGGUCCGCACACAAGCUUCUCUCCAGGCCAUGCGUGCUGAGAAGGAGAUGCUGCAGAGAGAGGUUCAGGAGCUGCAGGAUUUCCUGCCACGACUUGAGUCCUUCCCACCUACCCCCCACAGCCAAGCAGGCGGUUCGGGCAGUGGGUCCAGCAGCUCUGGGGCAGAUGGCGAUCCUUGGGGGACUCAGGACCCCUUUCCCCUGGCUCACCCCCUGCUCCGGCGCCUCCGGAGCAAUUCCAGCAGCCAGAUUCUUGGGCCUCUCCCCACCCAGUCCCUCACCCCUGAGAUGCACAUCCUGGAAGCCCAGAUGGAGCAGCUCCAGGGGAGUAUUGAGAAGCUCAAAUGCUUCAACCGUCUGCUGUCAGCUGUGCUCCAGGGGUACAAGGGCCAGUGUGAGGGUCUCAGCAUGCAGCUGAGCAAGCGGGAGGCGGAGGCCACAGCACUGCAUCUGGCCCUGCAGUACAGUGAGGACUGUGAGAAGGUGUAUGGGGCCCUGCUCACCCUGCGAGAGGCCGACUCAGGAGCAGGGGAAGAAGGCCCCCUGGGCGACUUGCGGGCAGCCCAGAAGGAAGCAUGGAGGCUGCUGGGGAAAGAGGAGGCUGCCAUGGAUGGUGAAGCCCAGCAGGGUGCAUGGCCAAGCCCCGAGGGCAGCAGUGUGGACGGGCCCGUGCCUCAGGAGGUGGCUACCCAGCUCCAAGCCUACAUCCGGCGUCUCCAGCAGCGCCGAGCUCUGGUGAAGAUCCCCCCAGAGCCUGGCCCCACCUUGGCGCCCCUGCCCAAUGUGCCCCGGGUAGAAGCCAUGCUGCAGUCUAUGCUGGGGACCCAGCCCAGCUUGGCCCUGCCCCAGCUGGAGAAGACGCAGAUUCAGCAGGAACUAGCAGCUGCAAGGGAGACCCUGGCAGACCUGACCCUGAAGCUGCAGAUGGCCCGGAGGGAGAAGCGGGGCCUGGAGCUGCAGGAGGCUGCCCUUCGCGCCCAGGGCCCGGCCCACGUGCUCUUGUUGGAGCAGCUCCGGUGGGAGCGGGCACAGCUCCAGGCUGGCGAGGCCGGCGGCAGCAGUGGAGAGAGCAGCGGAGCCGGGAGCAGCGGGGAUGAGGAGGAGUGGGUCCCGGGCCCUCCUACUGUCCCUGGUGGCACCAGUGCCAUGGAUGGAAGCCAGGUGGGCAGAGGACGGCCCCCGGAGGAGUUGGCCCAGGAGCUGGCAGCAUCUCUGACCCGGGCCCGGGGUCUGAGGGAGCAGCUGAGGACUCUGUGGGAAGAGCUGCAACAGAUGGCUCAGAAGGAGCGAGCCCGGCGGGCUCAGAGUGCCGAGCUGAGCAGCAAUUUGUGCAAGACCCACAGUGCCCUGGUCCUGGCCUUCCGUGGAACCCACCGGAAGCAGGAGGAGCAGCAGCGGACGCUGGAGCAGCAGAUGGCACGACUGCAGGCGCGGCACGCAGGCGAGCUGGCCGUGCUGGGAGCCACUGCCAGGGCCUUGGGGAGGCCCCAGCCGCCCUGCCCGCUGCCCCGGUUGGGAGACACCCUUCUGUAGGCCCUGCACUGGGUGGCGUCUGGAAGUCCCCGGGGGUUUGGCCAGGUUGUUUCAUAAACUGUCCUGGAGUGACUUUA